UGAAUAAUCUUUCAAGAUGCUGUCAAAUAAUUCCUAAAUUCCAGUUUUCAUUUUUCCUGCAAUUUUGAUUAACACUUCUCUCCAGAACAUGCCACCAUUUUAAAAUGCUCCAUAAUUUCAGAUCAGGUGGUGUUGGUAGGCUCAGCUCAAACUGCCCGAAAAAAAUAAAAAUUGAAUCGUUACAACAUUCAUGGGAAAAAUAUUGUCCUUGCAUUUGCCAAUGUUGUUCCGUUAAGAGCAUUAACAACCAACAAACUUAUGAAAUUUUGCAGAAAAGGUGUACAAAAAUAUUCCAGGACUACGAAAAAGAACAGUGCAAGGACUUAAAGACCUUUAGUUGUAGUUGUUCGUUACUGCAACGUAAAUCCAUGUGUCGUCCGUAUAUUUGCUCGUGUUGCUUUUUCAACAGCGAUUGCAAUCCAAGAAGUCAUGAGAUUUUACAGAAAAUUUGCUUGAAAAUUUUACAGGACUAUGUGAGGCAGCCAGCUAAGGAGAACGUUAAUAAUCCAAGUUCCGAGUGUGCUCAGCGGAAAAAGGACUCCUGCAAAUGCUGCCCGCAUGUUUGCCAAUGUUGUUGCACCACUGGUGCUGACAAUUGGCGAACCUAUGAAAUUUUGAAGAAAAUUUGCCGAAAAAUCUUCCAGGAAUUCGAAAAGGAGCAAAGCAAAGAAAAGUACACUUUAUUUGGUGGCGGAAAUAGUAUUAACCUUAGAAUACAUCGUUCAUCUGAAAAACAACCUCCAGAUAGAAAAGGUGAAGAUCCUUGUGAGAUUGAAAUGCGUAAUAAAUAUAAUGAACCAGACUUGCAUAAAAAUGUUGUUUUAAAGUCUAAUAUAGUUCGUGAAACACAAGAAAACAGAGAUGAAAAAUUCAGUAAGAAAAAAUUAACAAAAGACAAUUUAAAAAAAAUAGAUGUAAAAGAAAAAAGUGAGAAACGGAAAGGUAAAGACGGGAAAGAAGAAGGGAAAGAUGAAAAAGGAAAAAAUGAAAAAAGAAAAAUUGAAGAGAGGAAAACUGAAAAGAAAAGAAAAGAUGAAAAGGAGAAAGGUGAUAGGCGGAAAAGUGAUAAGUGGAGAGGUGAGAGAGAAAAAAAUGAUAAGGAGAAAGCUGAAAAGGAGAAAGGUAAUAAGGAGAGAAGUGAAAAGAAGAAAAGUGAAAAGGAGGAAGGUGAUAAGGAGAAAAGUGAAAAGAAGAAAGGUGAAAAGGAGAAAGGUGAUAAGGAGAAAAGUGAAAAGAAGAAAGGUGAAAAGGAGAAGGGUGAUAAGGAGAAAAGUGAAAAGAAGAAAGGUGAAAACGAGAAAGGUGAUAAGGGGAAAAGUGAAAAUAAAAAAAGUGAAAAGAGAAAGAUUGAAAAGGAAAACCCACGCAAAGAAGUUAAACCGAUUAGUAAAAAACGCAAUUCAUCUAUUCAAAACAGAAAGUCAAUAUCAAAAAAUGAAAAAGAUGAACCAAAGAAAUCUACUAGGAUGUCAAUGCUUUUGUCUAAACAAAGAAAACCAAAAAAAGACAUAGAAAAUGAUAAUGCUAGAAACGGUGAAGAUCCUUUGCAUGAAAAGGUUGUUUCAAAGGCUAAUGUAACGCAAGAAAACAGGGAGGAAAAACUCAGUAAGAAAAAAUUAACAAAAGACGAUUUAAAAAAAAUAGACGUAAAAGAAAAAAGUGAAAAGCGAAAAGAUAAACAUGAAAAGAGAAAAAGCGAAGAGAGGAAAACUGAAAAGAAAAGAAAAGAUAAAAGGGAGAAAGGUGAGAAGGAAAUAGGUGAUAGGUGGAAAGGUGAAAGGCAGAAAGGUGAUAAGAAGAAAGGUGAAAAAGAGAAAGGUGAUAAGGAGGAAAAUGAAAGGAAGAAAGGUAAAAAGGGAAAUAGUGAAAAAGAAAACCCCCGCAAUGAAGUUAAACCGAUAAGUAAAAAACGCAAGUCAUCCAUUCAAAAGAGAAAGUUAAUAUCAAAAAAUGAAAAAGAUGAACCGAAGAAAUCUACUAGGAUGUCAAUGCUUUUGUCUAAACAAAGAAAACCAAAAAAAGACAUAGAAAAUGAUGAUGAACAUGUAUCUGAGGGUAACAAAAAAAAUGUUAAGAAAGUUUUAGAUUCUAUUACAGUGAUUAAUUAUUUGCGCGGCAAGGUAAGAAGAAGGAAGAAAUCCAAUAAUAAAUAUAAGGGUGAAAAAAAAAUAAAUGUGAUUUCUACAAAACAUAAAGAAAAGCCUAAGGAUAAAUCACUUGUAAAAAAGAGACACGUAGAAAUCACUGAAAAUAGAAAGCCCAAAAGGGAUGUGUCGAAUCUACAGAGAAUGGAUCAAGUUCAGGCUAGUAAUAUGUUACGGGCAGAUAUGGAGGAACGUGACUUACAAAGGCAUAGAAUGGUUUGCAUCUCGGAAUGUAAUUGUUUCAUGCCUUGUGUGAUUCCAGCUCCUUGUAAUUGUAAUUGCAUCCAUACAUGUUAGUUUUGUUUAUUUCUCUUACAGAAUUUCACAAUAAUCCGUGUCGAAGUCUUAUAGAUAGGUUUAUUUCAAUAUAUUUGUUAUACGUAUCAACAUAUAUUUUUAUAAAUC